AUGAAGGAAAAGGCGGAGGCGCACAAACGGUCCAUCCAAUUCGAAGAUGAUGAAACGAAAAAAAAAAUCCGGACAGAAGAUGACGAGGCGGUUAGAGAUGCCAAAAUGAGCGAAAACUCAUCACACCCCCUACAUCUGGAACACCGACAAGGUAGAAAUAAAAACUUAAAAAAUGACGCAGAAUAUAUUGAAUUAUUGAAAAAGGAUGCCCGAAGAAAGUACCUCAAAGAAAGAGAGAGGGAAAAGCUAGAUGUAACCAAGAAGCUACUGGAUGAUGAACUCCUAUAUAGUACAAUUAAAUUGGAGGGCAAGGAUCUUAAAGAAUUGGAACUGUCUAAAAGAAUAUAUGAUAUAGCUAAAGAAAACAUAAAGUUAAGGGAAAAGCUAAAAGAAAAUUAUUACGUCUUUCAAGAAGACUUGGACAAAUUUGAUGCAGCGAAAAAGGACGCCGAUGUUGAUGCUGUUCAAGUGAGAGAAGGGAAGGGAGACCCUUCCGCCUACAACUAUGAUGAACAGAUAAUCAGCAAAGGGAUUUUAAAAUUCGGUUCGGGGAGAAGGAAAGAAAAAAAAAGAAAAAAAAAAAAAAAAAGAAGAAGCGAUAGCGAUAGUGCUGUUGGUAGUAGCAGCGACAGUGGAAGAAGAUAUAGGGAGGAGAAAAAGCGCAAGGACAGAAGCGCCUUUUCCAGUGGAAGAGCUCACGCAGAUAGGGGCAUCCACAAGGGUCAUAGCCACCACCGAGCGAGGGAUGAUCGUGACGAGGAGGAAGUCUACGGAGGGGAAAGCGAAACGCGGGAGAAGUGUAGCAAGGGAAAAAAGAAGAAAAAGGGAAGCGAAAAUCGGGGUGGACAUAGUGACGAUGGCGAUGACCGUGGUCACCGCCGUGAGCGAGAUGAUGGGAAGCGGAACGGAAACGGCCUGACGGACGUGGUCCAAUUCGUGCACCUGGAUAGCCUCUACGGAAUGGACGAAAAGGAAAAGGAAUUGCAAAGGCUGUUUGAAGACAUUAAAAGGAAGAAAGAAAAAAAAAUGAAGAAAAUAAUCGAUGACAGGAAGAGGCUACCAAUAUAUAGUUACCGAUAUGAUAUUUUAAAAGCUAUAAAAAAUAAUAAAAUUUUAAUUUUAGUUGGAGAAACAGGAAGCGGAAAGAGUACACAGUUAACGCAGUACCUUUAUGAGUGUAAGUACCAUCUGUAUGGAAACAUAGUUUGUACGCAACCCAGAAGAAUCGCAUGUAUAGCCAUAGCAAAUAGGGUGGCAGAUGAAAUGAAUGUGAAAGUGGGAAAGGAAGUUGGAUACGUUAUUCGAUUUCAAAAUAAAACAAGUGAGUCUACAAAGAUCGUGUACAUGACGGAUGGAAUGUUCCUACGUCUUUUAUUGUACAACCCAACGCUGGAUGACAUUUCGGUAUUAAUAAUUGAUGAAGCUCAUGAACGGGCUUUACACACAGAUGUUAUUCUUCCUAUAAUAAAGGAUAUUUGUAAUUUCAGGGAGGAUAUACGGAUUAUCAUAUCUUCUGCCACUCUAGACGCUGAGAAAAUUUCAACCUACUUUAACUGCGCCCCCAUAUUUUAUGUGCCGGGUAGAAAAUACAAUGUUGAUAUUUAUUACACGAUAAAUAAUGAGAGUAAUUAUUUGUCUGCCAUUGUGAUUACAAUUUUGCAGAUCCAUGUUACGCAGGACAAGGGAGACAUUUUGGUCUUUCUUCCUGGUCAGUUUGAAAUUGAGCUGGUGCAACAGGAGCUGGAAAAUAAGCUGAUCGAACUAGCUCCAAGAUUUCGGAACAUGCUGGUUUUGCCCAUUUAUUCAUCCUUGCCCGUGGAGCAGCAGGCGCGGAUAUUCGAGGAUGUGGGGGAAGCCGCGGACAGCGGCAACCCUGGGGCAGCAGAGAUGGAAGCGGCGCAGAAUGAGGGCGAGCAGCGUGAGGCCGAGCAACAUGCAGCUGAGGAAGCACCUUCUACCAACGCGAACAUCCAAACGAAGGACGUCGCGCCAGCCAAUCAGCCCAAGGCAGUCAUGUGGAGAGGAACCAGAAAAAUUAUCCUAUCAACAAACAUUUGCGAAACGAGUAUCACCAUAGACAAUAUCGUGUAUGUGAUUGAUUCAGGUCUGUGUAAGCAGAAAGUGUACAACCCAAACUCCGGAAUUGAAUCCUUGGUAACUUUACCAUGCUCCAAAGCAUCUGUGAAUCAAAGAACCGGUAGAGCAGGUAGAAAACAAGAUGGAAAAUGUUUUCGCCUCUUCACCAAAAAGUCAUUCAUUGAUUUGAAUGACAACUCAGUUCCAGAAAUUCAACGCUGCGAAGUCAGCAGUAUGAUUUUAUUGCUGAAAAGUUUAGGAAUGGAUGACAUUAUAAAUUUCGAUUUUUUAGACCCUCCUUCCCCGGUGGUCAUAAUAAAAGGCUUAGAACUUUUAUACUCCUUGGGUGCACUAAAUGAUGAAGGCAAUUUAACCAAAACUGGAAGGAAGAUGGCUGAAUUUCCUACAGAUGUAAAGUCAAGUAAAAUGAUUCUAUCAGCAUCUGAGAAGUACAAUUGUGUGGAGGAAAUUUUAUGUAUUACGGCUAUGCUAACACAUGCAAAUAAUAUUUUUUAUGUUCAAAAAGGAAAGGAAAAAGAGGCGGAAAAUGUGAAGAAAAUGUUUACUAUAGAAGGUGGUGGAGAUUUUCUCCUUCUCCUAAAUAUAUAUAAACAAUGUGAGGAGAACAACUUCUCCACGUCAUUUUGCUAUGACCACUUUUUGCAAUACCAUACUCUGAUAAAAAUUAAGGACAUCAAAACGCAGUUGGUGAGCAUAUGUGAGAAAAUCGAUUUGCCCACUAGCUCUUGUGGUAUUCAGAAUCACGACGCCAUAUGUAGCCUGAAGAAGUGCAUUGUCAGUGCCUUUUUCACGAAUGCUGCUUUGCCCGUUAAUAAAACUGAACUUAAAAUUAUAAAGCUUAAUCAGGUCGUUAGCAUAUACCCCAGCUCAGUCCUUGCGAAGAAAAAUAUCAUGGAGGAACACAAAAAUGCUUGCAUCAUUUUUUACGAAGUUAUUAAGAUAAAUAAGUCUUACAUACGCCACAACAUCCCUGUUAAUAAGGACAUGCUCUACGAGAUCGCAUCGUUCUACUUGCUCAGCAAGAUUGCCUGA